AUGAGGCUGACAAAAAAAGUGGCUGGGCCAAAAUCAGAGUUUUCAAUCUGCCUCAGGCGCCAGUCCCCUAGCCCCACUGUACCUCUCUAUAAAAAGCCGAUCCUGCUCAGACCUUUGGGAUUUUUUUCUUUUCUUCUUCAUGUCGACAAUACUUCAGAGAAUCAUUUCUAUAGUAUUCGACCUUCUCUUGGUUCCCUAAAAGAGCCACAGAUCCCACCCUGGUUGAUGAAUGUAUAUCCUCGACACCCUAGAGUGAAUACCUUUUGGUCCUCUCGCUCUGUCCGCAAGGAUGGCGGUGGUUGCCUCGUGCAGCUGCUGUAUAGAGAUGGUUUGCUUGAUGAUCUCGACCCCAGCUGUGGUCUUGCCUUCGGGCGCGUGGCUGGGGUGGGUGUUGAUGGACGUCUGACAGGCGUGUUUUCUUUUAUUCUUUUCAUUGCUUUCUGA